UCUCUCUACCCUCCACAAUUAAAUUAAGCUUUAAAGAUCACCCAUCGCUCUCCCUUCAUCUCCCUUAUAUAUAAUGGGGCUUGGAGGUCCAUACCCACUUCACAAAGGCCAGGUUGAUGUUGCCGGAGCUAGUCUCGAUCGGUUCAUAACUAGCCGGUCUCAGUCCAUCCCUUCUCCUCUCUCUUAUAAUCCUCUCCAUAUCAGUCUAUACUCAUCCCUCUGCUGAAAUUGGCGUUGGCACAAUAGUCGUUUCGACCUCGAGGCAGGGUGACAUAUAUUAGCAGGAAGUACACGAAAAUGAGUCGCCGAAGUGGAAGCAGUCCAAAACUAGAAUUGAAGCUGAACCUCUCACCACCUAGACCCAACCCACGAGUGGAGUCGCCGAGCCGCUCGGCCACAGUGUCACCGACAUCACCACCAAGCUCGUGUGUGUCGAUGGAGCUCAACCAGGAUGACUCUCUCCGGUACUCCAACAGCCCCGAGGCCACGUCUAUGGUGCUGGUGGGGUGUCCACGCUGUCUCAUGUACGUGAUGCUCUCCGAGGACGACCCCAAAUGCCCCAAGUGCAAGAGCACCGUUUUGUUGGACUUUCUUCAGGACACCACAAGCCCCAACAUGAAGACAAAAAAUAGUUAAGAGUAGUCCCCCCUUUCUUAUUUAUCGGAGCUAGGACUUAUUUAAGCCUUUCUGCUUUUAUAUCUCUCUUUUUGUCUUUGUUUUUUUUAAUCUGUCUCUCGAAGAGGCAGCGCUAUUUGCGCUCCAUUUUUAGCUCCACCCCAUAGUUUUGAGGAAGGUUAUUCCUGGUGGAUGGGAUCCAGAGACCCUGCGGAAAGGUGGAGCGCGAAUAGCACUACCAUCUUUUUACUUGCAAA